AUCAACCACUCAGACUCAACAGAAAAAAAAAAAAAACAAAAAAAUAAAAACGCGAAAUGUCAAACAAAAUUCUCCAAUUACAAAAACAUCGAACAAAUUGUUCAUUUUCUGAACAAAAAGAGAACAAUUAUCAUUUUUUGUAGAGAAAGAAGUCGAUCAAAAAUUACUUCCAUUAAAAGUCGGAUAAUAAAAAAUCAUUUUCUAUUUCUACCGCCGCGACGUAGAAACAAUUUCAGUUCAAGUUGCAGUUUGAAGAAGAAAAAACCCAGACCGCCGUUUUAUUUUUUUUUCUUUAUUUCUAAAUUCUCCACGCCACACAAAAUUGCAUUAUUUUCCCCUAACAAUUUGCCAAAAAGAAAAAAAAAAGAAAUAAAAAUCAUUAUCGGUGUUGAAAAAUAAUGAAUUCCAUUAUCGUUUUGGAUUCGUCCGAUGAAGAGGGUGGUACUGUGAAAAAGAAGAGAGGUCCGAGGAUCAAUCAACCUUCUCAACCCCUUCCGGUUACAGGACAGCCACCAAUGGCCAGAGUGAAUCCUGUUAAAACUCCUAAUUCUACAGUGGCAGUGAAGAAAACUCAAGCACCCCUUCCCAAUGACAACUUUAAGAUUCAGCUACCAAGUAAACGGCCGACUCAGCCGAAUCAGAGUGAUCUGGUGCCCCCAGAAAAGCGUGUACGCCGUGUCAAACCAACGACAAUUAUACGUAGCAAUGAUGAGGAAUGGAUUAAAAGGCAACCAGCUGCUCAGUGGAAUGGUGGAGAACGUCCCAAAGCAAAUAGCCCAGCAAUAACGAAGAAUCUUGUUAAUGUAGUAAAAAACGCUCCAACCAGAGUUGUGAAAAGUCCAACGCCAGUUGGAUUAAAUACCCCCCGUGGUACCCAGAACAAUGUUAAUCAAAAUAAUCCGAUUCAACCUAAUGUUAAGAACCCUACAAACUUUGUGCGAAUGGCAUGGAACGGAAAGAACCCAAAACCUGCAUCGCCACCUGUAAUAAACAAAAACAUUACAACAACAUUAAAAGAACAGCCGAAGAGUUUACCGAUUCCGCCGGUAAUUAAUAAAAAUAUCACAGCCACAGCUAAGGAUCCCAAUAUCCCAUCAUCGCUCUCAUCCUCACCGGUUUUUAAUAAGAAUUCAGUAACAAUUCGACGAAUUGUUGUGAAUGAUGAUAGUCCAAAACCGGUUACUUUGGCUAAAAGCAUCACAACGACAGCGCCCAAAGCACCCAUUGUCAAUCAAAAUUCUCCUAAUAUAAAAAGAGUACCUCCAACUCCUCUUGCAGUAGAUCCGUUGAAAAUCACCAUGUCGCCCAGUAAGAAUCUCAACAAUUCAUCGAUUAAAGUUACUCCAAUAAAUGCGAAAUCGCCGGCAACACCUGUUAGUCAAACAUCGAGUGGUUUCAAAAAAAUUCCAUCGACUGCAAGUGAAUUAGUUAAAGGUUACCAACAUCUGCCCACAUUAAAACGAAAUGAAACCAAUGCUAAGCCACAGCUACAGGAUCCUAUUGCGGUUGUGAGUACAUCGCCAACUAUGCUGUAUUCAACUCCACCCACAAUAAAGAAAAUGGUGAACAUGGAAUUGCCUACAAAGCCUACAGCUGCUUCGACAAUACCAGUUAUUUCUAAAGUUUUUGGUUCAGGUAAAAAGCCUAUCAAUGAAGAACAACCAUUGAUUCACUUAGGAACCUCAGUGAUAAAGAAUCAAACGAAGCUGCCUGAACCAAAAAUAUUACCAACUGUAGCACAUAAGUCGCCGCCAGCCAUUAUUAAUCGCUCAAGUGGACUUAUAGUUACCCCGAUAACUUGUACGAUUGCCACAACAACAACAACAACUGCAACGCCCACAUACAAUAUGCCAUCGAAUUUAACGCCAACCUCUAGUCGCGGAGCUUCGAAACAAUCGAAAGCAUCUAUUAAUCGUAACAGGGCUUUCCAAGCAGCGCAAGCCGAACAAGCGUUGGCUUCAAUGUUCAGUAUGUUCCCCCCUUCAACUUUUAUGGGAAAUCCACAGAUGAUGUACGACAUGGACCCAUCAGGUGGUGCUUUUAUUAAUCCUGCUUGUAUUCCUAAUCGCCCCAUGCGCACAAUGGAAGGACCAAGCUUUCCAACGGUGGGUUCGCCUGGGUUUCAUGUAAACUACCCAAAUUUUUCGGGAGGCUCAAUCACACCCGUUAUGAGCCCUGGGCCAGGUGCAAGUCCAACUUAUAGUUCUGGCCGUUCUUCUAAAAGUCCCGUUACGAGUACGGUUACGAGACCUUCGGGUGCAACUAGAAGUCCCGCCAGCUAUAUGGGUAUAUCAAUAGAUGUUGAUCAGCCAAUACCACCAAUGUCACCUCCGGUGUACAAUAUGAAUCAUGCUCCCUUUAAUGGAGACCCCUUUAAUUUCAUGCGGAAUCCACAUAACAUCCCAAGUCCUUCAUUCAGUCCAGUACGAUCGACAAGAAGUCCUUUAAGUACCGGUCAAAAAACAAAUAACAAAGGUGUAGCUGAAAACGUAAAACCUCCUGCGUCUUCACCAGUGUUUCACAAAGACUUGGAUAACUUUGUUAAAAAUCCGUAUAGCUAUCCUCAAACUCCAAACAGCACAAAAACUAUGCCAUCAUUUAGCAACGGUCCCAUAAUAUCGUUAGAUAGUCCUCCGAAAAAUGACACUUCUAUGAAAAGUCCAAUUCCAGUUGAAUUACAUAAAAAUUCUACAAUUAAUGUUUCGUCAAGUCCUGAUCAAAGCGAAAUUAGGGAUGGAUCAUCUGCAUCGGAGGUAUAUGCUCAUAACUUACCUCCCAACGGGAAAGAGAAACCAUCAACUUUAGACAAUAAGAAGGAGAAUGACAAUAAAGCGGAGAAGGACAAUAAAGAGAAUAAAUGUAAAAACAAGCAAAAUGAUGUGGAGGAGGUGAAAAAGGAUAAUGAUGGCGAGGAAGAAGAAGAAAAAGAAGCAGAUGAGGAGGAAGAAGAAGAAGAGGAAAAAGAACCACUUAUUCCAGAAUUUGAAAAUCUCCUCAAAGCUUGUCGGGAAGCUGAUUCCUCUGAAGAUAUGAAUAGACUGAUUGAUUCGAAAUUAAUUCGUUACUACUAUUCGGUGCAUCCGGACUUUGUGAAAUCUCGCGGCUUUAAAAAAGCUGUGAAGGCAGCAACAGAAAGCAUUUCAAAGAAUGCUGAAUUAGUUUAUUAUCAUCUCAGACCGGUUGUGGAAGAAUUAAAGGCGCGGAAAAAGUGCAAAUCUAUAGUAAUGACAAACGAUGAAAUAUCAGCUGUAGCAGCAGAAGCUGAACAAGAGGGCAUAGAAGAUAAAGUGCGGAAUAGACAAAUAAGACGUCUAAACAAAGGGUUGUAUAUUUUGACAAGAAAAAUUCACAAGUUAGAAACAGAUGAGGUGGAUUUGGAAGACGAAAAUUCAACAUAUUUGAUUGUCGAGCGGUACAAAAAAAGAGCUUGUGAGAUAUACGAUAAAAUCUGUGAUUUGACUGGAGAAAGCAAACAUGCACUAAGACAAGUUAAAAAACCAAUCACGUUCAAAGACACAGAUUACCCAAAAUUCAAUAAAGUUGUUGAAACAUUUGUUAAUAAAACAAAAGAGUUUCCGGAUUUCGUUGAUGUUUUGCGAAUGUUGGAGUUUUGCAAUGACCGGUAUAAUUUUGGUUUAAUCAAAGAAGAAAUGACUUCAAUUGCUCAAGGUGCUUUCAUUAAAAUUGGAAAACUUUUGCAAAGUCGUCGAAAAGCAGAUCUUUAUGAGACUGUAUCACAUUUUACAUCGGAUCUUGUGGAUCCAGCUGAAAAUGACCCGGUUCUUUUAGCCAAACUGACCGAAAAUGAAAAAAAUCAAACGACUAUUGGUUCUGUAAUAGAAAAGUAUGCACGUGAACAGGUGAGAAGAAAGGCUGAUUUAACCAGUGUUUCUGAUGAUGAAGUAAAUAAUUCAUCGGAGAGCUGCGAUUCUGAAGAAGAAGAAUCCCAUAACAUAAAACAAUCAAAAUUAAAAAAAAAUAACAAUAAAACUAAUAACAAAGAAAACAACAAAUUAAAAGAGAAAUAUAAAGAUAAACAUAAGGAAAAAAAUAAAGAAACAGAUGAAGAAAAAGAUAAAGAUAAAGGAACGGAUGAAGAAAAAGAGAAGAGAGUGGAUGAAAAAAAAGAUAAUGAAAAAGUUACAGAGAAAGGUAAAGAAAAAAAUGAAGAAAAAGUAAUUGAAAAAGAUAAAGAUAAAACCGACGUUAUCUGUCAAAAAACGACAGAAGCAAGUACAAACGGUACUUACUCACCACCCUCAGCAUCAGUAGUAGUUCCACAAUCCGUUCCAAUGGCAAGCACAUCAGCUGCAUUUCGUACAUCUCCCCCACAUGCAUUUGAAUCGCCAGAAGCAUCACCACGUCCAAGGUCUUUAUCCCCGUUAAUGCCGUCGUGCACAACAAGCUCACUUAAAAUACUUUCAGUUACCAGCCUCAAUGAGAGUGCUGACACCCCCUCCCCCAAAAAGAACAACGAUAUUAUUAAGCCAGCAGCGGUUGUGGGAUCAGUGGAUGAAAUUGUCAUUUCCGAUGAAGAUUUAUAGUCUUAGAUUAACUCUAUGUAAUAUGUAAUAAAUUAUAUGUUGUACAUUGUUUUUGUUUAAGUUUUUCACGAUAUACAUCUAUAUUAAAAAACAAAAAACAAAAAUAUUAAAAAAUUUAAGUUCCUUCUUUUUCCUAAUGCCUGUUAUUUAAAAAACUGAAGGACAUAAGAUGUCACUGUAUACUGUACAUAGUAAAAGAAAUAAUCUUUAGAUGUAAUAUAAAUAUUUUGUAACAUUUAAUUUAAGUAAACAUUACAUACAAAUCACAAUUUUGAAAAAAAA